AUGGCUCGAACUACGAGCCCUGCUGAAGCAUAUCUAAGUAUAAUAAAAUGCCAACUAUAUCCGGAAGGUAGCCCAUUAAAUUAUGAUCUAGUUAACUCAAUUCAAUCAUCAGAUAGAGCAAAAGCAAAACGUUGUGAAAGUAUUAAUUUCUGUCAACGAAUUUCACAUCACGAACCUGGCUCACUUCAACAAGCGAGGCUUUUAACUUCGCAAAAGAUCGUUACAAGCGGAAAGCAAUUUAUUUAUGUAUGGGAUCUGAAAAAUACGUUAAUUCUUUCUGAAGAUAAAAGACCUACUGCACAACUUAAGUUGGCUGCUAACGAAAACUCCCCAAUCGGACCAGCAUUAUGUGUUGCUAAGAAUAGACAAAUAGUUAUUAAUGGUACCGAGAAUGGAUAUUUGGCUUUAUGGGAUUUGGCUGAUUAUCAAACAAGUUCAAAUCAAAGAUCACUUCCUCCUAGAAAUAAUUAUCAAGUUUUUUCGGAUUCUUCAAAUAAAAUUCUAUCGUGUGAUUAUAAAGAAGAUAGUACAAAUGUAUCAUGUACUUCAAGUCAAGGAAAUGUGAUAAUUUGGGAUUAUCGUACGAAUAAAUUAGCUCAAAACGUGGCGAAAGCUCAUAGAGUAGCAGCUACGAGCUGUCACAUGAACCCUCAUAAAGAACAUUCUCUUCUAACAUCAAGUGCAGAUGGUAUUAUUGAAUGGUGGGAUACGCGGAAGAUGAAGAGCGUUUUCAAUUCAUCACCAACUUCAUUAUCUACUUUUAAACAACACCAACGUUCUGUAAAUAAAGUGGUUUGGUCACCUCACUAUAGCGGGUUAUUUGCCAGUUGUUCGGAUGAUUGUAGUGUUAUCAUUUGGAAUACAGAAGUUAUAAAUAAAAACAAAAAUGAUAAACAAGAAGGCGCGAAAUUUAAACAUACAGGACAUAGGCAAAAGGUGUCGGAUAUCGCAUGGCAUCCUGACCCAGAAUUUAGCAAAACUAUCGCUUCGGUUUCUCCUUUUGCACCCCAUUCCAAUGAUCGUGGUGUUGCCGGACUGCUUCAAGUAUGGAGACCAAGUCUGAAUAUUGAUUUGAUGAAUUAA